ACUCUCCUCUCUUUCUCUGACUGCGACGGCCAGUCGUCCUUUCCCACAAGCGACGACACCCAAAUCCCUUAGAUCCGGCCAGCGAGCAUAGUACAGCGUAUAUCUAUUGCGCGUAUCGGGAAACUCUCUUCCUACUUUCGGGCCCUCCAUCUGUCGUGUUGUGUUCUUGUUAUCCACCAGCCGAACUCGGUCCUUCACCUACCCUUACUCGACGGCCAGCGCACCUCCGUAGCAUCCAGCAGGCGUCUUGGCUCUUUCGUGUUCUGUCAGACGGUUAAUCCGUCGCCAACAAACCACAAGUUCCGUCUACACAACAACGCGCUUCUGUGCGGAAUAUGGCGAACUAUCUACCCGUUCUUCUCGUCUCUGUCACCGCAGGUAUGCCCGAUGAUGCCGCCCUCCAGCCUCUUCCGCGCGGACAGGUCGAUUAUCUAUCACAUAAUUGGACGGAAGAGGAUGUUUGGCGGUCAUGGAGGAACAUGACAAAGCAGAAGAAUGAAAUUGCAAACGGCGUCCGCCUAGAGAACGCCUCCUGGCGAACGUGGAUGAAACAACGAAACAAACUGAAGACUGUAUCGCCGGAGACACUUAACUGGCUUAAGGACUCGGACGUGACAUGGCUCUAUGGUCCUCUUCACACCGCCGUUGACUGGACGCCACCUCCCAAACCUGCUAUCUCGCCGCCAGCAGCUCCCCAAGCUAAAGAUGACGCCUCUGCUCCAUCACCAAAGUCACCUGGUGCAAACAGUCUUUCUUCACCAUCAAGUAGCGUGGCACUCGAUCGUUUGAACCAACCAACCGGACGAUAUGCUCUUCCCCCGCACGAAGGUGGCACGAUGAAACCCAUUCUCAAGCAUCGUAGUAUCGCGGAAAUGUUGACCAGUGCUUUGCCACCUGCUCCUUCUUGGGCUGAGGAGUCAAGUGAAUUCACUCGGGAGGUUGAUGGUAAAGAUUACGAAACGAGGGAUAAUAGAUUGCACGUACAUCCUCAACAAGACCGACAAGAAGCCUCAAUGUCGGGUCGAGGAGGUCGUCCCCCUCUUUGCCAUACCAGAAGUGAUACGAGUGUUCUCUCGCGUUACGGACAUAGUGGCGCGAUUAAGAAAGCCCAUGUCUCGCCCCCACGUGUUGCGGAAGGUGCAGCAGACCAUUGCCCUAGUUCAGGUGACUCGUCUCCUCAAGCGUACAGUGGUUCUCUUUCUCCCAACCAGCGGACUGGCGCUUCCAAUAACUUGGCCGAUUUGGCAUUUAGCGUGGGAGCUAACAGAGGUGCACAAUCAGGUGGACAAAGCACUUCGUCACCUUAUCGGAGCACAAUACCGCUUGAGGUCGUUGAAAGCAGUGGAACGAGCAUUUUCACGAAUGACACAGCGAGUAAUGGGCGCUCUGAAAGCGAAGGAAGCAUGAUUUCACCCGUGGCUUCUUUGGCGCCUCAGAAGAAGCACAUCAGCUUUAAUGCUAUUGUCGAACAAUGCAUCUCCAUUGACGGUAGUUCGGAGCCUAUUUCCCCGUCAGUGCGGGGCCAUGCAUGGUCGACGUAUGCUGAUGAUGGGUGAGCGUGCAGAUCCUUUUACCUUCCUUCUAUUUGUGAACCUAUGCUGACGAUGUUUGUUUUUCUGCGUCUCCGGGUCGUGUCCCGACUCGGACACGGACGUGGGCUUUGACAGGUAUACCCAGGAUGUCGAAGAUGGUUUGUAUGAAGAUAUCGGUACAACUUUAGCAGGCAACUCGGAUUCGGAGAAUGAAGUAGCAGUUGAUGAGGAAGAGGAAGAUGAGAGGCUGGAGAUUAAACCUCCAUCAAGGCGGUCAUCCUCCGGCAGUUUACAAGACUAUCGCACUGCUUUUGCCACUCAACAAACGCCCACAUCCCGUGCUGCUCCGUCUGAUGCUUCAGAGCGACCACAGUUCCGACGCUCAUCAACAGGAAGCAGCAGGUUCAGCCGAUCACGAAAGAGUGCUUCUGCAGGCUCCGGUUCUGGCUCUGGGAGUAAUAGUGGACGAACGAGCGAGGCUGGACGUAGCCGAUCAAGUGUAGCACUAGAUAGAGAGCACGUAACUAUUGCUCCAAUUGCACCGACUAUCCUCAAGACUGGUGGCGCUGAAGAUAACGAGGACGGGGUGCUCUAUAUGGCUGGCUCGCCUUUUCCAACCUAUGGUGCGAUGCUUCCUUCCUCGAUAGUCGUCGAAUAUAUGCUGAAGUAUGGUUUUGAAGGUAUUGAAGCAAGCUCCUCUGGCAGCAGUAGUGGUUAUGGAUACGGGUACGGUGGGUACGGGUUUGGAGAACAUGUGAGUGCAGGGCGUAGCGACGCCUUCGAACACUUUGAGCGGGGAACCGAUGCGGGUGAGCUGGUCUAUCAGAGCCCGAAUGGUAAUGUCUAUCCUUGGGGUGAAGGUGACGCUAUACGCUUCCGCAUGCAGACCGAGUAUGGAGUGCCAAGUCCUCCAAGAUCUCCUCCCGUUGCCUACGGACUGAAUCCGCAACAUCAGUCGUUUGCAUAUCGGAUGGGCUCUACAGGUCCGUCUUCAUCCCACGUGGUGGAUGACACCGGUCGAAUCGUGCCUGGACCUCUCGUACGCAGUCCUGGGGAAGUCUCCGACGAAGCAAUAUUCGAGCAAUUUGAUCCUGUGGAAGGACCGCUUGAAGCGCCUCGCGAUGGACGUGAGCGUGGCGUUGAUGGCCAGCAAAGAGGAGAUGAUACUGUAUCACGAGCACGAGCUAGUGAACCGCAAGCGGGAAUCCGCCGUGAGGACGAUGCUGUACGAAUAAUUGAGCCCCAACCUAGUGGCAGUGCUGACAGCGUCGAUUUAUCCGGUUCGCCUCGCGAGCGGGAGCCUUCACCUGAUUUUCAACCCAAGAUCAACCCACGUAUAGCGAGUUUGAAGUCUGAAAGCGGCUGGUGUUCCCCUCCGUCUUCCCCACCACAGACGAAUACCGAGAUCAACACCUCUCUUGCACCUUCGUCCACCACUUUAGCGAUCCCGACGCCAGGGAUUAGUCCCGCGCAUGAACAAGAGUAUGCACGGAUGCGGACCCCUCCCGAUUCUCCUGUUUUGCGUUCUGGGCUGCUGUCUCCACCGGACAUGUCCCCACGUGGGCGGUCUAUUUGCACCUCACCAGUCUCUGGAUCUGCGACGUCGUCUUCCCAGGCUCGAUCUGAAUCUCGCUCGGUGUCAGAAAGCAGAAGUGAUAGUCGUGGUCGCUCUCGAACUCGUAAUUCAUCUCUUGCUUCAUCCCCGGAGCAAGGUGAGCAAGAGCGCGGGCGAUCAAGGUCUCGAUCAACAGCCAGUGGUGCGAACUCGCCUCUCGGCGAUAACGGUUCCCCGAGUAUGCGGGGUUCAUCUCUUGCUAUUGGUGGUAUUGGCGUUGGUCUGGGUAUUGGUGGGGGAUGCAGUGCGCAGCAUAGUGGACGCGAGAUCCGAGACGGUCGUGGUAUUCGCUUGUAUCGCAAGACAAGUGAAGACUUCAUUCGUGGGAAUAGUGCCGAUGGUAAAGGCGGUCAGUCGGAUGUUUACCCGUCACAUGGAACUCGUGGACGUAAUCGAGAAGGGAAGCGCGUGAGUGAGUCGCUUUCCCCUCCGGUUGUUGGAUCGCCCCCGGUGGACAGAAGGAGUGCUGUGUCGCCUCCACAUGCGAGUGGUGUAUAUCGACCGAUUCCGUCGUCGGGAUUGAGGUCGUAUCCUGCAAAUUUGCCUGGACGUUCGAAUUCGGGAGAUUCUAUACGGUCUCUUGGGUCUGAUAGGAGUAAUGUGCAAUCGCCUGACGGAUCAUCCUUGCUGAGUUCUCGGCGUUCGAAUUCUAGUAGGAGUGGAAGCCGCGAGCAUACAGACUCUACGUCGGCCGAUGAGACGCUGUCGACGUCAGCCUCUACGGUUAUUGGGAACGGAAGUACGCUACCACCAUGUAUUCCUGAGGAGGAUGAAGUGAAAGUACGGACGGGACACCCUUCAGAGGUACAGAAUGGUGUUGAGAGCAAGGAUUAUAAUCAGCCUCGAUCGCAAGACAGGUCAUCUUUUUCACCUUCAUCUACCAUACAGAAGCGGGAGGAAGGCGGUAGUAAUAGACAUUCCCCCACUAUCGCUUCCUCCUUAUCGUCACCGAAAGCCGAGGGGACAAUGAAUCCGGAUCCUGGAAAGACUAGAGUAUCGUCAAGUUCCAAUUUGUCUUCGCCUGCGGGAGCGGGACGUAAUAAAGCAAACGGUGCGUCUGAAGGUACAGGAGAUGGUACGGGAAAGACAUUUGCUGAUCGCACUGCAGACCUUAUGUCUUCCGCUCGUACGCUCCUGGGAACCUUCUGGAACAGCAGCAACUCGUAAUGUCAUGAUCCGUCGGUCGGUCGGCUUCUACUUCUUUUUCCUUUUUCCUCGACCUAUACAUAUCUGUUACAGUGUAUUUUUUAUUCUUGCCUGUAUCGAUGUGAAUUGUCCUUCUUCUGUCUUACCUUUUAUAUAUUACUCGUUUUCUACUCCAUCCGUGUUGAGCUACACUCUUCUCCUCUCUGUGUCACGCCUAUUGUCUGUUGUGUUGACAUAACACAUUUUCCUAUCAGUUUUUUUUCCUCCAUCGCGAUCUUGUCUCAUUUACACUGCUUACACUCACCACCUCAACCACAAUCACAUACAGCACGUCUCUUCUAUACAGUGCACCGUC